GCUGUGUGUGUGUUUGAGAGGGUCCUGCAGGCUGGUGUUCAGUGUGGGGUGGGUGCUCUCCGAGUGACCAAAAGCAAUCUGCUCUGGUCCAAUCAGUCUCAGUGCCUACCUUCACACAUAAGCGGCAGGGCACUCAGGUCUGCCAGAGCACACAGACCUACACACACCAACACACUCGUCACAUUCACACACACACACACACCUUUCACACACUUCAUACACACACACACACCCUCCCUCUUCAAGGCACCCUGCGCGACCUCUCACCAUUGGCCAAGUCCCGGAGCCCUCAGCAUCUCCAUCACGGCUGAAGGGACCAUUCGGGAAAGCAGGAGACAGAGGUGGACGAUGAGGAUGCUCAUGAGGCUCGUGUUGGGACUCUUCGUCCUCAAAGCGGUGGUGGCCAGCCCCAGAUUUUCCCGACAAGCGGACUUGGACUCAUACGACGGCGCCAACUACGAUGUGGAUCUAGACAAUUUAAAUUUGGAGAACCCGGAUAUCUACGACUACGAAGAUGGGCUGACAAUUGAUGAUCCUCUGAUAGAGAUUGGAACGCUGGCCCCACCUGACUACAACUACCCCGUACCCGAGGCCUCGCUGGAGGAGCAGACAGAGGAGGAGGAGGAGGAAGAGUUGCCGCUAACACCCCAGCUCAUCCCUCAGGGUUCAGGGGGGUCCGGGGUCCUCAUGGGCCCAGACACACAGAAAGAGGUGGAGCUGCGUCUGACGCCCAUUGACAUCCUUCAUGUCUCCGGGGAUUUUGGGGGUUCCCUAGGGUCUGGGGCCUCUGGAGCUUCUGGGGCCUCUGGGUCUGGAGGUUCAGGAGAUCCACUGGUCUCUGGGUCCUCUGGGGGUUCAGGUGACAUUGUCCUAAUCUCCGGAGCCUCCGAGGAGCUGCUGAGCUCCGGGGGGUCUGGAGAGUUCUUGGUAUCUGGGGACAUCUUGAUAUCUGGGGAUUUCUUGGGAUCUGGAGAUCUCUCAGGGUCUGGGGUGGGAUCCGCAACCUCUGGAGCCUCUGGAGACAUUGGCUCUGGAGGUUCUGGGAUUUCAAUUGAACUCCCCCUGGGCUCUGGAGGGUCUGGGGACCAGUCUGGUUCUGGGUUCUCUGGGGAUCUCUUGAUCUCAGGGGCCUCCGGAAGCUCUGGGGUUUCUGGGGACUCUGGUGGGUCUGGGGACUCUGGAAUAACUUUAUUAUCUGGAGAGGAGGAGCUGCCCCUCAUUCCCGACACUAUCCCCCAAGAGGCAUCGGGUGCUUCUGGGGAUUUCUCAGGAGCUUCAGGAAUCUCAGGGGCCUCAGGGGAUACAGGAGUUUCUGGAGACUUAGGCAUCUCUGGAGCCUCCGGGGCCUCUGGUGUCUCUGGCUCUGGAGACGCCGAGGUCCCCGAGGUUGUUCUGGUCCCUGACAUUGACGAAGAGGAGGGGCUGCUUCCCACUACACCAGAAACCCCUCAGGAGGGUACUGGCGGUGUAGAAGGGUCAGUGAGCUCUGGAUUGCCAGAGUCUGGCGAACCCGACGAGCCCGAUGAGCCUGUGGUUGACAGACGAGGUAUGCCCACUUGUUUGCUGUGCACGUGCCUCGGUGGUUCGGUCUACUGUGAUGACUUGAAGCUGGACAGCGUUCCACCUCUGCCCAAAGACACCACUCACUUCUAUGCACGCUACAACAGAAUCACCAAGAUCAACAAGUCCGACUUCGCCUCCAUGAACAAGCUGAAGAAAAUCGACUUAACCUCCAACGAGAUAACCAGCAUCGACGACACGGCGUUUAUGGGUCUGCCCAACCUGGAGGAGCUGGUGAUCCGAGAGAAUCACAUCUCCCAGCUGCCUGCGCUCCCCGAGACCAUGACCCUGAUCGAUGCCAGCCACAACGACAUCGGCACCAAGGGUCUGCACAGAGAGGCGUUCAAGGAUAUGACCGGCCUGCUGUACCUGUACAUCACAGACAACCACAUCGACUACGUGCCUGUGCCUCUGCCAGACAGCCUGCGAUCCCUACACCUACAGCGCAACAAUAUUCAAAUGAUGCACGGGGACACGUUCUGCAACCUGAAAGAUUUCAACUACAUCAGGAAUGCGCUGGAGGACAUCCGUCUGGAUGGCAACCCCAUCAACCUCAGCAGGACCCCGCAGGCGUACGUCUGCCUGCCCCGCAUACCCAUCGGGGAUCUCAUUUAAACCACACAGACACAUACUCUUGCACGAAUGCAACCACAUGCACACACCCUUUGUACAUAUUGACACACAAGACCAAACACACACACACACACAAACACACACACAGAAACCAUUUGUUGACUCUUCAAAUAUUAAGAAGUCAGUCAAACUUUGUGUUGACAUUUCAUUAACGUCCACAAACACGUAAAUUAUGAGUCAGACUCUGGUGAUCAAGCACAUACACACUCUACUGCUCCUUUUUCCUACUGUUGUUCUGACUGCUAUUUUCGGUAUAACACACACACACACACACACACACAGUGUUACCAUCUCGAAAAUUCAAUUCCAACCAAAAUGCAUGUACACACACACACAUAUUUACACACAAGAACUUUGUCAAAAGCCAAAUUGUUCCGCAACUUGAUGAAGUGACAACAUUCAGAGAAAUCAGUUUAUUAAAAAAAAAAAAACCUUGAACAACAUGUACGUU